UUCCAGCGGCAAAGCUCAUGCCUUUGAAUUUUGGCGAGGUGAAGGGCUGCCUGUCGAAUCCAAAUCCAAGUUACGCGUACCACCACUCAUCACUUGAACCCAGUCAAAAGCUCGCCCAUCAUGGCUCGGUGGUGGCCAUGGUGGGCAAGAAUUGUGUAGCCAUUGCGUCCGAUUUGAGAUUGGGAAAUCAAGCGUUGACAAUUGCGACCAACUUUGAAAAG